UUUCGAUAAGAGAACAAUUGAUGCUUUGAUCAAACAUGUUGCUUUAUUAUGCCGGAUUCAAUACAAGUACAUUGUUUUCGAGCAACGAAGAUGUCUUUGCUGUGGAUACUUUCACUGAAAUUCCAUUUGCUGGAAUUACUGAUUUUCAAAUAGGAUGGAGUUAUUUUCUCCUUUGGAAGGGAAGGGAAUUAUAUAUUUGUAAGAAGGUUGGGGAUAGCAGUACACGCAAGGAUUCUAAUAUUCAAUUGAUACAGAUACCAGCAAACCCAUUGGAUAGUUGUAAAAUAGCUGCAAUUGGGACAGAGAGCAUAGUAAUUUUAUCGAGUAGCAAUGAAUUAUGGCGAUACAAAAUCUAUGAAAAUUCUUGGAAAAAGGUGAUCAAUUUUCUUCCAAGCAAUGAUGAUUCAGCAAGUGAAUAUCCUGUUAAAAUUCUGCAAGGAGGAUGUACCGUGGUCCUUACUAACUUAGGUCGUGUUUUCAAUGUUCCUACAUUGGUCGAAAUGCCAAAAAGGAUAAAAUUUGUAGACAUUGCUUGUGGCUUCGAUCACACUAUCCUAUUAGCAGAAAACGGUGAUGUUUAUUCGAUGGGGAUGGGAACGCGUGGACAGCUGGGACACAAUGAUUUAGAAGACUGCGACAGCCCUAAGCUCGUCGAGGCUCUGGCCGGUCUUAAAGUCGUACAGAUUUCGGCAAUGGGUUGGCACAGCGCCGUGGUUACAGAUCAAGGUGACCUGUAUACAUGGGGAUGGAACACGUAUGGAGAGUUAGGUCUGUCUGGCAUGGAUAGCAAAGUAGUGGCUGUGCCCAGUUUGGUAGAUUUUACAGACGAUCGAAACGAAAGCCUAGAAAUACUCGUGAAGAAAGUCGAAUGCGGAAAUACGUUCACUGUAUGCGUAAUGGAUGACUGUACAUUUUGGGGUUGCGGAUGUAACAAAUACGGACAGUUAGGACAAUCCAGAGAGGCUCUCCCAAGCUCUCCCAAGUUUGUCAAGCUCCAAAUUCCUAUAAGCACCUCGAGCAUUAAAGAUUUCAGCUGCCGCGAAUGGGGUACUGUGCUUGUAACGUAUUGAUGCACGAAUUUUCUUUAGAUACCGAUCUUUGUAGCUAAAAA